AUGGUAUUCAUUGAUGACAUUCUAAUUUAUUCAAAGACUAAUGAAGAGCAUGUUGAGCAUCUGAGAAUUGUAUUGGAGUUGUUGAAAGAGAAGAAAUUAUAUGCUAAUUUAUCUAAGUGUGAGUUUUGGUUAAGAAAAAUGAGUUUUCUUGGGCACGUAAUUUUUAGUGGUGGUAUUGUAGUUGAUCCUUUGAAGGUUGAUGAUGUGUUGCAUUUGGAGACUCUGAAGUCUGUUACGGAGAUUAGAAGUUUCCUUGGGUUAGUUGGUUAUUAUCGUAGAUUCAUAGAAGGUCGAGGUGGUGAUUUCAAGAUUGAUGAUAACAAUGUCAUAAAAUUCCGUGACAAAAUCUGUGUUUCUGAUGUGCCUGAACUCAAGAAGAGUAUUCUUGAAGAAGGACACCAAAGUGGUAUGAGUAUUCAUCCGGGUGCUACAAAAAUGUGUCAAGAUUUGAGAAAGAUGUUUUUGUCAUUUGGGAUGAAGAAAGAGAUUACAAAGUUGAUAAAGUUUGCUCAUUUUAUUCCGUUGAGACUAGAUUAUUCGUUGGAGAGGUUAGUGAAGCUGUAUAUCGAGAGGAUUGUUAGUUUGCACGAUAUUCCAUCUAGUAUUGUAUAUGAUAGAGAUUUGAGGUUUACAUCGAGGUUCUCGGAGAGUUUGUAG